GGAGAAAGAUUGUUUCCUUCUCCUUCUCUUGUCUGCGGCCCUCCCAUUUUUCCUUCUCGGACCACCACGCAGAGGCAGAGCGGAAGGGAUGGUUAAGCACAACAACGUGGUGCCAAAUGGGCACUUCAGGAAACACUGGCAAAACUAUGUCAAGACAUGGUUCAACCAACCUGCCAGGAAAGCUAGAAGAAGGCUUGCAAGACAGAAAAAGGCUGUGAAGAUAUUCCCCCGCCCUAUCGCUGGACCCCUUCGCCCAAUUGUUCAUGGCCAGACCUUGAAGUACAACAUGAAACUCAGAGCCGGCAGGGGUUUCUCUCUGGAAGAGCUCAAGGCUGCUGGUAUCUCAAAGAAACUUGCCCCUACCAUUGGCAUUGCAGUUGAUCACCGUCGUAAGAAUCGUUCUCUAGAGAGUCUUCAAGCCAAUGUUCAGAGGCUCAAGACCUACAAGGCCAAGCUUGUUGUCUUCCCAAGACGAGCUCGCAAGUUUAAGGCUGGUGAUUCUACUCCUGAGGAGCUGGCAAGUGCAACCCAAGUUCAAGGUCCAUACAUGCCUAUUGCUGGUGACAAGCCAUCUGUGGAGCUUGUGAAGGUUACAGAGGAGAUGCAAUCGUUCAAGGCAUACAACAAGCUUCGUGUGGAAAGAAUGAAUGAACGUCAUAUUGGUGCCAGAAUGAAGAAGGCUGCGGAGGCCGAAAAGGAAGAGAAGAAGUAAACUGCUUUUAUCGGAGGGGUCUGUUUAGGUAUUCAACUCGGUUAAGAUAGACAUUACUACAUUUCUUUCUCUCCUUUCAUACUGUUAGCAGGGUCAUUGAUCUACAGGACAAUUGGUAUUGCUUCUAUGAACCUCUUUUUGAGUGUUUUCCUUGAAUGAGAUAUCACAUAAUUUUAUCAUUGCUUUUCAUUA